UGCCAUCACCACCACUACCACUACCACUACCACCACCGUCGAUCAGUAAUUUCAGAAACCGUACAAGUGUGGUGAACUGAUAAAUCUAAAUUGAGAUCACUAAUUUUGCUGAAAAUGCGUUCCAGUUGAAUUUUCUGAUCGAUUGAACAAUCCAUCAAAUUGGAAUCUAUGUUAUGGCUGCGAGUGUAUCUUCAUCGAAAGAAGAAAACGAUAACAAUAACUCGAGGAGUAGUAUUGAGCGAUGUUGCGAUGAGAGCUACAGUCUCAGCGCUGACGUCAGCGAGUCUGAAAGUUCGAGCAGUUUCUCUGGUCGUCGCGACGACCACGGAGCUGCUUCCAGUUCCUUGACAUCUUCUCCGCAUGCUGCUUUCAGAACAGUUUCCGUCACCGAUUCCAUCUUCCCACCGGCGCCGUUCACCUUCCCGCCGUUUGGCGGGAAGGAUGACGUGAUGGUUUGGGAAAAGAAGCAGCCUAGAAAACAACCUGAUACCGAUUUAUCUGAGAUCGAUAUGAUGAAGGAACGGUUUGCUAAGCUUCUUCUUGGAGAAGACAUGUCUGGUGGGGGCAAAGGAGUUUGUACUGCUCUAGCAAUCUCAAAUGCUAUUACAAAUCUAUCUGCCUCCGUAUUUGGGGAAUUGUGGAGGUUAGAGCCAUUGGCGCUGCAGAAGAAGGUAACAUGGCAAAGGGAAAUGGAAUGGCUUUUAUCUGUAAGUGAUUCCAUCGUAGAGCUCGUGCCUUCCAUACAACAAUUUCCUGGUGGGGGCACGUAUGAAGUAAUGGUCCCACAUCCACGGUCCGAUAUGCAUAUGAAUCUCCCUGCUUUGAAGAAGCUUGAUGCUAUGUUAAUCGGUAUGCUUGAUGGGUUUUGCGAUAGGGAGUUCUGUUAUGUUGAUCGUGGGCUGGUUGUAGCUCAAGGUUACAGUUGUGAUGCAUAUUCAUCAAGCAUUUCAGCUCCAAGGCCUUCAGUUAGGCAGGAAGACAAGUGGUGGUUACCGUAUCCGAAAGUUCCUCCCAAGGGGUUACCGGAAGAUGCCAAAAAAAAGUUGCAGCAGUGCAGGGACUGCACAAAUCAGAUACUUAAGGCAGCUUUGGCAAUAAAUAGCAACGUGCUUGCUGAAAUGGAGAUCCCAAGUGCCUACUUGGAAACAUUGCCUAAGAAUGGAAAAGAGUGUUUGGGAGACAUCAUCUAUCGCUACAUAACCGCAGACAAGUUCUCUCCGGAAUGUCUUCUUGAUUGCCUAGAUUUGUCAUCAGAGCAUCAUACUCUGGAAGUAGCCAAUCGUGUUGAGGCAGCUGUCCAUGCAUGGAAGCUAAAAGAGCGGAAAAAGCAUCUAAAUCAUCCAAAACGCAAGCGUUCAUCGUGGAGUGCAAAGGUUAAGGGCCUAGUUGCUGAUUGUGAUAAGAAGAGUUCUUUAGCACAAAGAGCAGAGACCCUGUUACGUAGCCUGAAACGUCGUUUUCCUGGCCUUCCACAAACUUCAUUGGAUAUGAGCAAGAUUCAAUAUAACAGGGAUGUUGGGCAAUCAAUUCUUGAAAGCUACUCAAGGGUGAUGGAAAGCUUGGCAUUCAACAUAAUGGCAAGAAUCGAUGAUGUCAUCUUUGUAGACAAUGCCACCAAACGAUCAGAAUCUUUGUCGAUUUUCAACCGAGGAGGUUUAGGAGGCCAUCCUGUCCAAAAACGAAUGUCCCCUAGUCCAUUCUCGAUCCAGCACACACCUUACUCCUCUCCAUUUGCCACUCCAACAUUCUGUUCAUCUCCUAUGCAGAAUCUUAUCCCCAUCAAAGACGACAAUCGUCUUAUGGAGGCUGCACAGAGCUGUAAGUUAGACGGCUCGAUGUCUGCUGACCUGGACAGGCCAUGGACAUAUGCUGCUGGGAACUUACCCUCUAAUGCCCCAGAGCGUCAUUAAAUCAUAUCAAUGAAGCUGAGGUCAGCCUCAAUAUCGUUUAUACACCAUUAUUUUUAGGUUUUAUUAUGUGCUUUUUGUUAUUCAGGUAGUAGAUGAACAUCAUGUGAUGAUUUUAGCACAAGCGCUCGCUUCACGUCGUAAGUAGUUUAAUUUUGACAUUAUGAUACUACUAAAUAUCAAUUUGACAUGCCAAUUAUUGUUC